AAUGUUUACAGCAGUAUUGUUUACCUUAAAUCCCCACAAGCUGCUUCAAUUCGUGUUACCUUGCUCUUACAUUUUCCGGCUGUUACAUUUUCCUAAUAAUUAUUGUUGAUUGUUAUACCACAACUACUCAGAAAUGGAGUCCGUAGGAAAGUUAGAAGAAGAGGCCCUAAAGCGAAAGGAACGCUUGAAAAAUCUCAAGCGGAAACAGGAAUUCGCGAAUGGUGAAUCGGAUCAAAAGGCAGAAGUGGUUCCUAAACCAGUGUUCCGUAACUACCGACCCGAGAGCGAGGAAAUCAAAGAGACCGCCCUGGAGGAAAUCAAACCGGCCGAUGUCGAGGCGGAAGUGAGUUCCCAGCUGGAGAUGAUGCAGGCCCCGAUCGUCAUCGAGGAAAUCGACAUUGCGAAUUUGGCCCCACGGAAACCAGACUGGGAUCUGAAACGGGACGUGUCGAAGAAGCUGGAAAAGCUCGAGAGGCGAACGCAGAAAGCCAUUGCCGAGCUGAUACGGGACCGUUUGAAAGCGGGUCAGGACGAUAUUCUGCAGGCGGUGAACGUGGCCUCGGCUGCGAUAGCAGCCGGAAGUAAGGACGAUGAAGAGUAAGGUAGAAUUUGGUCGUAUUUUUUUUAUUGAGCUAUAAAUUAUGUUAAGUGGACUGUACAA